UGUUGUAUAUUGUAUAGUUUAAAAAAUUACAAAUUUCAGAUAAUGCUCAGAUAGAAAUACUGAGAAUAAAAAUGCAUGUUUUAAGACGAACAUUGCAGUGUUUCCCUUUAAAUCUGACCAACCUCGGCGCGCCAUGUUUCCUGAAAUGCUCCGUUGGAUCUAAUCGUAGCUGGGCAAAUACCCGAUUUAACUCGGUUAGUAGCUUUAACGACGACGACAUUGAGAAAAUAGCUGCAAGGAUUGAUGAGAGUUCGAGUAUAGUAGUGAUGUCUGGAGCAGGAAUUAGUACCGCUAGUGGAAUACAGGAUUUCAGAUCACCUGGUUCAGGGGUAUAUGAUAACCUGUCAAAAUAUAACCUACCCUACCCUGAAGCUGUAUUUGAACUGGAAUACUUUAAAAAGAAUCCUAAACCCUUUAAUUCCUGGGCUAAACAAUUCUUCCCUGGAGUUAAUUAUCUUCCGAACACAGGUCAUUACUUUAUAAAGCUGUUGGAGGAGAAAGGAAAACUAAGCAAGUUGUUCACCCAGAAUAUAGAUGGGCUGGAGAGAAUUGCAGGUAUAAAGGAGGAUAAAUUAGUUGAAGCUCAUGGAACCUUUAACUCUGCAUCAUGUAUAUCCUGUAAAGAAGCGUACAGUAUACAAACAUUGAAAACACAAAUACUUGAAGAUAUUACACCAACAUGUCACAAAUGUCAAGGAUUGAUAAAACCCAACAUAAUUUUCUUCGGAGAACCUCUACCUGGCAGAUUCUUUGACGAGGCCGAGUUUGAUUGUAUGUUCGCUGAUCUUCUUAUUUGUAUAGGAACAUCACUAGAGGUUUAUCCUUUUGCAGGAAUUGCUGAUGUAACGCGGCACACUACUCCGAGAAUACUUCUUAAUAACGAUCUGGUCGGAUCCUUUGGAACCAGACCAAAUGAUAGUGUACUGCUUGGAGAUAUCAACGCCAGUAUCGAGAAAAUCUGUGACCGGCUAGGCUGGUCUCAACAAAUUCUAGAUAUGAACAACUUAAAUAAACCAAUAAAGACAUGUUCAUGAUCAACUCAAAUAAAGCAUAAACUAUCAAAA